AUGUCACCAAGUUCAGACUCUAAUGAUGCUGGUGAGGUGGCCGUCAGUGAACCAACGACGGCAAGCGAAUUGGCAACGGCCACCUCAACAGUGUCAGCGUCCGCUCUGUCCUCAUCGGGAUUGCAGAGUAAACCUUUGUCAAUCCCCUCGCCAUUGGGCGGUGCAGGAAGCAGCAGCAACAACAUCAGUAGCAUCGGAAGCAACAGCAGUAGCAGUGGCAGUAGCAAUGGUGGCAGCCUAAACUCAUCGUCUGGCGCGCCAAACCCUUCUACCUCCCCACCACUGUCGGAUAUUGAACAAUAUCUCACUGCCUACAACACUGAUCUUCCCGAGUUGGUGGUGGCCGCCUGUUGGUGGGCCGACUCACUCGGUAAACUCAAUGGAAACAUACCAAAGGAGAACAUACGUCGCUUCCGAAAGGAGCUGAUCGUCGGACUCCGAGACCGCACCAAGGGUCAUUGGUAUCCGGACGCGCCCGAGCGAGGACAGGGCUACCGCGCUGUCAUCUGCGAGGAAACCACCGAUCGCCUGUUGAUCGACGCCGCCAAGCGAUCGGACAUACACGGCGACUUUAGAACGUUCUUUAAGCAGAACACCACAAUGUGGAUUGACCCUGGCAAUGUAACAUACCGACAUGGAAAGCACUAUGAGAAGACACUGUACCCUUUCAACAGCGCCAUUAGCAGCAAUGUCAACAGCAACAGUAAUAUAAGCGCUGGCAGUGGCACCGGCAACACCCUUGGAGGGAGCGCUGGCAGCCUGCUGACCGGCCACAGCACACCGUCGUCAACCACACAGCACCGCACCAAGAGCUCGUCACCAUCACUGUCGUCGCUCGCACCCAUCUUUUCACCGUCUUCUCCCUCUGUAUAUCAACAACUCUUCAAUUCACCUCCUGCCUCACCUGCCGCAGUCACCAAGGACCAACAGGCCCCCAACAUUGUAUAUUCUUCCAAUGCCGCAGCAUCAGUGGCCGUAGCCUAUAGCAACGCCGCUGUCUUUAGCAACAGGAAUCCAAUAAAAGUGUACCAACCAUACCAUUCGUAA